GGUGUUUGGUGGAUCUGCAUUCAGGGGAUCACUCCACGAUUGUCCAUCAUGAAAUUCGCUCUGUUUCUGGGCUUUGUGAUGGUAUGUAUUCUGGCUGUAACCUCAGGCCACACGUUUGAUUCCAGACUGAAUGAAGACUGGAAAAACUGGAAAUCACAACAUGAAAAGCAGUACACCGAGGAUGAAGAGAACUACAAGAGAAUGGUAUGGGAGGACAACAUGAGAUACAUUGAACAACAUAACCUGGAGUACCCGAUGGGGAAACACACAUUCACUGUGGGAAUGAAUGAGUAUGGAGAUCUG